UCACCCACACUGUAGAUAAGAAGGCGCGCGGUCGAACUUCACAUUAAAACGCGCAGCUCCAAAUGCGCAACGACCAGUCACCGACUCGAAUCAACUGAUGGGAUCAUACCACCUUAAAAGGCGACCGAACGACAACUUGACAGCUUCUGCAAGAUUACGUCGCAUUUUUCUAACGGCAAUAAUAUUAUCUUUAAUAAUGACCCAAAGUGGAUACCAGCGUCUCUUCGCCUAACUCCGCAGUUCAAGGUGAAAGUUCCCACGCGUUUAUUAUUCCAAAGGGGGGAAAAACAUCAUUUGGCGCAGAGAGAUGGACCUGUGGGGGCUUUAUCUUCUACAUCUCACAAGUUACGCUCUGUUGGAGGUUGUACUGGCCGGCAGCGACUGCUUGAUGGCCGGAGACAUGUGCUCAAGCGAUGACACUUGCAGCCCGCGCCUGCGCACGCUGCGUCAGUGCGUGGCGGGCAAUGGCAGCAUGAAGCUGGGACCUGGAGCCAGGAGCCAGUGCGCCAACGCAGUGUCCGCCCUGCUUUCCAGCCCUUUGCACGGCUGCCAGUGUAAACGGGGAAUGAAGAAGGAAAAGAACUGCCUGAGCAUCUACUGGAGCCUUCACCAGUCCAUCAUUCACGGUCUCAACUUGGUAGAGAGUUACCCUUAUGAAACCGGGCAGAGGGAUUAUGACUAUGUCCGUUUGGCCUCCAUCACAGCAGACUCUGAUGUUGGCAUGGUAACUGUGAAUCGCUGCUUGGAUGCGGCGAAGGCUUGUAACGUGGACGAUUUGUGUCAGAAGCUGCGCACAGAAUACGUCUCGGCCUGCAUCAAACCCACUGCCAAAUCUGGCCUAUGCAACCGGGUCAAAUGCAACAAAGCGCUGCGCAGGUUCUUCGACCGCGUUCCCGCUGACCACACGCAUGAGCUGCUAUUUUGCCCCUGCACGGACACGGCUUGCGCGGAGCGUCGCAGGCAGACCAUUGUUCCCAGGUGCUCUUAUGAAAGCGUGAAAAAGCCCAGCUGCAUUACGCAGAGGAGGAUCUGCGAGGCUGACUACGUGUGCAAGUCUCGUCUGGCACAGUUUCAGUACGACUGCGAACCCUCUGAAGUGUCUGCCAGUGGUUGUAAGCAAAGAAACUACGGUGCCUGCCUCCUCGCCUACACAGGACUCAUAGGAAGCACGAUCACGCCAAACUACGUUGACAACGCCACUUCCAAUGUGGCACCGUGGUGCUCCUGCUCGGCCAGCGGCAACCAGAGGCAAGAAUGCGAAGACUUUCUGGACUACUUCACCGAAAACAUCUGUCUCUGGAAUGCCCUAAAGGCGUUUGGGAGUGAAUCUAACAAGCAGCCAACGGUGUGCCAGUCCAAUACCUUAAGCCCCACCCACCGCAGCAGAGAAAACAGGAGCAGUACUUCCCCACCGGAAAGCAUAAUAACAAGGGGGUACAUACUGGAUACAAAAAUACCCACACAGGCCAUGGGAAAUGAACUCCUGGUGGACCAGUCCAGCCUGCCGUCCAGCAGCCUCCCAAAUGCAGCGACCCCUCUCGGGCUCCUGCAUCCCGUUGCCAUCAGCCUUCUGUUGUUUCGCUUGCUCGACAGUGGACACUAAAGACUGCGGGGAUGCACUCCACGCCUGCUACAAAGAAUGGAGACAGUUCACGAAUCGUGCAGCUACUCUCGCCUUCUCCUCGACUUAUACAGCAAUUGCGUUUCUAUUUUUGUGUCUAGGUAGUUGGACCCUUAACGGAUGCCAAUGUGUACAUUUGUACGUACAAUCGUUGUUGCUGUGAUCAAGACAUGCCAAAAUUGAGCUACAGACAGAAUUGAGCUCUCAGCUAUCCAGCGACGUCUCUAUAUGUGUAUGUGUGAUACGUAGUUAAGGAUACCAACAGAAGGUCUUAUUGUGAGUCAGUGUUUGGAGAGUUGCCGGAGCAUACAGCCCUUUAACAGCACUCUCCUCAAGUGUCUGCGAGAGGACCAUUAUUUCUAAUCAAUACUAGGAAAAAAGGGGGUGGGGGCAAGCCGGAGAGACAAUAGAGCAACAUUUUACUUGGACGUGGCCGACAGAUGCCCUGAUUCUUCGGUGUCCUGCAGCAGCGUCCAGCCGAGAGUGCAUAAGACAAACCUUGACACCACAAUCAUGCUCUCCAUCGCCGUUUGUCAAACUCUCACUUUAUUUCUUAGCUCUGGAACUACAGUAUAAAACAUGGCCUUGCUCUUAAAAGGGAAUUAUCAGCCAAUUCUCAAAAGACAAUUCCUUUAGACCUCUGGCUGCUAUACAAAAAGUAAUUGUGAGUGUAAUAACCUUCUUGUUCUCAUUGUGCAAGUGGACACUGCAAGGGCGGGCAAAGUGAAAGGGUUGGCUUAUGUUACUUACGUGGGCAUCAUCAAUAUACAAACUUGGAAAUUUAAUGGAUGUGAAAAGACUCUAUGAAAGUAUUUUCUGUUCUGGGAACUAAUUUAUGUAAAUAAAGACAUCAAUUCCCA